UCAGCGAUUGAAUACACGCAUGCAUAUUUUGAAAAGCCGUCAGUGUGAUGUUCUGAGCCAUCAAUCCAAGCUCAUUGGUGGCUGAGCUCUUCCAGCUCGUCUUAUCGUCCAAUCGGCAACACUCCGUCCUGUGCCAUCAGCCAAACAGGUGCUUGGACGACAACGCUCUUCUUGCGAGAGACUCUAAAGUCUAAAGUCUGUGCACCCACACACACUCACUCACUCACUCACACUCACACACAGCAACAGCCAUGUCGCAAAGUCACAACACCCUGACUCAAACACGACUGGAGAAGACGUGGGUGCCGUGGAUGCCCAACCGACUAAGCAAGCGUCGAGGAUCGUCGGUUCCACAGUUCACUAACUCGCCGACCAUGAUAGUGAUGGUGGGACUACCUGCUCGUGGGAAAACGUACAUCUCCAAAAAACUCACCAGGUAUCUCAACUGGAUUGGCGUCACAACCAAAGUGUUCAACGUGGGGCAGUACCGCCGAGACGCCACGCGUUCCUACAACAGUUUCGAGUUCUUCAAACCCGACAACGCAGAGGCCAUGAAAAUCCGAAAAGCAUGCGCCAUUGCCGCGCUCAAGGACGUGUGCGACUACUUCACCAACGGGCAAGGCCAAGUGGUGGUUUUCGAUGCCACCAACACCACACCCGAGCGCCGAGAGCUCAUUCUCAGCUUUGCUAAGGAAAAUGGCUACAAGGUUUUCUUUGUGGAAUCCAUCUGUGAUGAUCCAGAGAUCAUCGCUCAGAAUAUUAAGCAAGUCAAGCUAAGCAGUCCCGAUUACAUCAAUUGCGACAAGGACGAGGCUGUUGCCGAUUUUCUCAAGAGGAUUGAAUGUUACAAAUUAACGUACGUGGCGUUGGAUGAUAACAAGGACAGGAACUUGUCGUAUAUCAAGAUCUUCAACGUGGGCAGCAGGUACCUGGUGAACCGCGUGCAGGACCACAUCCAGAGCAGAAUCGUUUACUACCUCAUGAACAUCCACGUCACGCCGCGUUCCAUCUACCUGUGUCGCCACGGCGAGAGCGAGCUUAACCUGGUGGGUCGCAUCGGCGGAGACUCGGGAUUGUCGGCCCGCGGCGCCAAGUUUGCUAGCGCUUUGGGAACGUACGUGCGCAAGCAGAGCAUCAGUGAGCUGAAGGUGUGGACCAGCCACAUGAAGAGGACCAUCCAGACGGCUGAAGCUCUGGGGGUGCCGUAUGAACAGUGGAAGGCUCUCAAUGAGAUUGAUGCUGGCGUGUGUGAAGAGAUGUCCUACGAGGAAAUUCAAGAGAAUUAUCCGGAAGAGUUUGCAUUGCGAGACCAAGACAAGUAUCGCUACCGCUAUCCAAAGGGCGAGUCUUACGAGGACCUGGUUCAGCGUCUGGAACCCGUCAUCAUGGAACUGGAGAGGCAGGAGAACGUGCUGGUCAUCUGCCACCAGGCCGUCAUGAGAUGUUUGCUGGCGUACUUCCUGGACAAAAGUGCAGUGGAACUGCCCUACCUCAAGUGUCCUCUUCAUACAGUCCUUAAACUCACCCCAGUUGCCUACGGGUGUAAAGUGGAGUCGGUCUUCCUGAACAUUGAAGCUGUGAACACACACCGUGAUAAACCCGAGAACGUGGAUGUGGACCGAGAUGCAGAAGAGGCGCUGGAGACUGUGCCGGAUCACAUCUAGACCACCAGGGGCAAAAAAAAAAC